GGCAACGAUGGAAGCUGGUCGACUUUCCAAGUUCGUGUUGGAACGCCCCCACAGACGUUCGAGGUGUUACCUGCGACCCAAGCGCAAAACGUUUGGCUUCCAAUUUCCGAUGAGUGCACAAGAUUGCAGGGCGGAUCCGAUUCAUGUGGUGACUCUCGCGGUGCGACUCCAUUCCAACAGAGUCCGAGUCCUGGAUUUGAAACAAACAUGUCAUCGAGCUGGAACGCCAUUGGUUUGUACGAGCUUGGACUAGGUAGAAACCAUGGAAUUACUGGUAAUGGCUUUCACGGCUUCGACCGGGUUGGAUUGGACAACUUUACCAUUCAUCACCUGGCUGUUAUCGCAUAUGCCUCACCUGGUUUCUGGAUCGGUCAAAUGGGUUUGUCGCCGCUACCACUAAACUUUUCCGAGACAAUCAGUUCACCAUCGUUGAUCUCGGCUCUCAAAGAGGAAGGCCACAUACCAAGUCUCACGUACGGAUAUCAGGCUGGAGCGGUGUACCGUGAGACAAAGGUACCGGCGAGUCUGGUUCUCGGAGGCUACGACGUUUCGCGAUCUUCAGAGCCUCUCACGAUUGACAUCAACACUGACACAUCCAGAGCUCUCACAGUUGGGCUUCAGGAUAUUGUCGUAACCAACACCUUGGAAGGAACCCUCUCAAUGAUCGAAAAUGAGCGGAUACUGGCUCCCAUCGAUUCUUCAAUCCCAGAGAUCUGGCUCCCCAAGUCGGUCUGCGAUCGUUUUGAGUCCGCUUUCGGCUUAGAAUACCACGAUCGGACUGGGAGGUACGUCCUCACAGAUUCUGCUAGAGAUCGCCUUCGUGAACUCGAUCCCACUUUGACAUUCACCAUUGGUACCAACGCAGUCACGGGCGGCAACACUACAAUUGUCCAAAUUCCAUAUGCUGCUUUCGAUUUGCAGGCAGGAUACCCCAUUUUCGCAAAUGCAACGAACUAUUUCCCCAUCCGCAGAGCAGAUAACGAGAGCCAGUACGCGAUCGGCAGAGCAUUCUUGCAAGAGGCGUACAUCGGCGUCGAUUUCGAAUCUGGUAUCUUCAACGUCAGCGCCGCCAAGUGGGACAACCUGGAGCCAAACAUCAUAACGAUCUCGAAAAAAGAUCGCGAUGUAGAAGCCGCCCGAGAAGGCUUGUCAGGUGGUGCGAUCGCCGGUAUUGUCAUUGGCUGCGUAACAGCAAUGCUGCUGUGUAUCUUAUGCACAUGGUUUUUCGUGCUGAAACCUAGGAGAAGGCGGAGGCAGAACAUGACGCUGGAUGAAGUAGAUGAGAAGGUAGCA